UCUAAAUGUAUCAGUGUUAUAUUCGACAGAGUUGCGCAAAAUAUCUCUGAAAGAAAGAAAUUUUUUUUGUAGUGCUAUAUUUAAUACAUAACUUAUUCUUUUAAUUUUAAAGGCACUGGAAACUUAUUUAAAAAUGUUUCGUGCCAUUCUGUGCUUUUGCGCUUUUAUAGCGAUAGCCAAUGCUGAUGUUACGAGGAUUCCCUUGCACAAAAUUGAUAGCAUUAGGAAACAAUUCAAAGAAUAUAACACAGAAAUAUAUCAAACACAUAUAUUGCAAGGAGAUUUUCCUCAACCAGAACCUCUUUCUAACUACUUAGAUGCUCAAUACUAUGGUGUUAUUAGCAUUGGAACUCCUCCACAAGAUUUCAGAGUAAUCUUUGAUACUGGUUCCUCAAAUCUCUGGGUCCCCUCUAAAAAAUGUCAUCUUACCAAUAUUGCUUGCAAAUUACAUCGUAAAUAUGAUAACAGCAAAUCAUCUACGUACAAGAAAAAUGGUACUGACUUUGCAAUUCGUUAUGGCUCUGGAAGUCUCUCUGGCUAUCUCUCCACUGAUACUGUAGAUAUUGCAGGAAUGAAAAUUUCUGAUCAAACUUUUGCUGAAGCUUUGAGUGAACCUGGAUUGGCUUUUGUUGCUGCUAAAUUUGAUGGUAUUUUAGGAAUGGCUUAUUCUAAAAUUGCUGUUGAUGGUGUAACACCUGUUUUUUACAACAUGGUUAAACAAGGAUUAGUACCUCAACCUGUUUUCAGUUUUUAUUUAAACAGAAAUCCUGAUGAUAAAUAUGGUGGAGAAUUGAUAUUGGGUGGUUCAGAUCCAAACCAUUAUGAAGGUUCUUUCACCUAUGUUCCUGUAGAUAAAAAGGGAUAUUGGCAAUUUAAAAUGGAUAGUAUUCAAAUUGGAUCAGAUUUAAAAGUUUGUCAACAAGGAUGUGAAGCUAUUGCAGAUACAGGUACUUCCCUCAUUGCUGGACCAGUUAAAGAAAUUGAAGCUAUCAAUAAAGCAAUUGGAGCUACUCCCAUUGCAGCUGGAGAAGCAAUGAUAGACUGUAAUUCCAUUCCUAAUUUGCCUACAAUUAAUUUCAUACUUGGUGGUAAAUCUUUCUCUCUGAAAGGAGAAGACUAUGUCUUGAAGGUUACACAAUUUGGAAAGACUGUUUGUCUUAGUGGAUUUAUGGGAAUGGAUAUUCCUCCACCAAAUGGUCCACUAUGGAUUUUGGGAGAUGUUUUCAUUGGUUAUUAUUAUACUGAAUUUGAUAUGGGAAAUAAUCGUGUUGGUUUUGCUAAAGCAAAAUAAAUAUCUAAAAAUAUAUACUAAUUAAAAUCUUAAAUUUUAAAUUAUAUAAUUUUUGUUAAUAUAUCUUUUUGCAUAAUUUUAUGUUUUUACAUUUGAUUAUUUUUAAUAUUUUUCCGCUUUUUGUAUAUAUAAUAUGUAUAAUAGUUUUAUUAAUGAAAAUAAAUGUAAUAGAUACUAUAAUCAAUAUAUAAAUAUAAAAUAAAUUGUAAAUGUAAAUUAGUCAUCUAUAACAAAAUGUAUACUAUAUUACAAAGAUAAAAGUAAUAAAUUUUUUUCAUGUCA